AUGUCUCGAAACAUAAAAAAAUGGACAGGGAUGUGUUACACUUUAAACAAUAAUGACAUAUUAAAUUUCCAAAAUGCCUCAAUUUUGGGGCGGGUCCCUUUACUUCGAAUAAUUCACCCUCCUUCUGCAACUUAUCUUCCAACUCAUUACGAGCCAGGGAGUUGGCAGUAUCAAGUUGCAGAAAACCUGGUAAAAAGUAGAGGGAAUUAUGAGUUUAGCGAGACCGGACCACCAAUUUUACCGGUUUUAAAGAUAGAAGAAUCCAUGCAAGAUAGGUCAAUAAUAUCAUUACCUAAAGUUGAGGGUUCGAUUUCAAAAACACUAAUGACUUCAUUGGACUCAAAUGAUCCUAAUUCGGACAAUAUGUUCUCUGAUUCGAAAGAGGUCAUAAUUCCUUUAUCACCAUUGAAAAGAGCAAUUACAACUAAUACGGAUAAUGGAUAUUUACCGGUUCAAGAUUCGGAUAGUAAAAGGAUUUCACGGGCAUCAUCUGGCUCAGAUUCAUUACCAUCCUGGGCUUACGCGUAUUAUACUCUUCCAUCAGACAGUAACAGGGAUACCCUUUUGCAAGAUAGAACAGAUGAAUCAGACAUAAUCAUGUCGGAAUCCUCUGCGGCAGCUGGCGUUGGAACGCCUGAUUAUAAUAAUAAGAAAAGCAAUUCUCAAAAAUCCCCUUCGAGUCGUAGUAAACCUUCUCGUUUUUCAUUUAAAUUACCUUCAACGACAAGUUUUCAUACAUUAUCACAACGAGCAUUUCAUUACUCAAGGGAGCCUUUUAAUAUAUGUCCAUUUGGUUCGGUUUUGUUUACGAUGGGAUUUAUAUUUCCGCCACUUUGGUGGUUUGGAUCCUUUUACCCUCGGCAUUUAAAAUCUACCUCUGAUUUUCGAUGGAAAAGAUACAAUCGAUUAAUGUCAAUUUUUUCGUUCUUCUUGAUAGCUGGUAUACUGGCUAUAACAAUUUGGUAUUUAAGAUAUUAUGUAGAACCGGAUGAAUUCAAAUUGGUAUAA